AUGCCUCUCAUUGAAUUCGACGAGGCUGGUCCGUCAACGGAGCAGCUGCAAAGACUACCUUUCCCCCCAGUCACCUACUCGCAUAUCCUCCACUGCUCCUAUGACUACUGGCAACCUCGAUACCGUACACUAGUUCCAAAAUCACGAAUCAUUCCCUUGUCCGCCCUCUUCGUCUCCUACCUCCGCGCCGACGGCAUUGUCCUCCCACCAGAAGCUACCCCGCCAACGGACGAUGACAAUCUCGAUACCUUCUCCGAUGACACUGACGCAGAGGAAGAGUCAGACCCAUCCAAAGAAUGGGCUGACAUCCACGCCCAAAUCAAAUCCACAAUCGCCGAGUUCGGCGGCAAAGUCACACCCAAGCUGAACUGGAGCGCACCAAAGGACGCCACCUGGAUGUCCGCAACAAACGAUAUGCAAUGCCGGACCCCGAAUGACAUCUACCUCCUCCUCAAAAGCAGUGAUUUCAUCACGCAUGACCUCGAACAUCCCUUUGACGACUGCGUCCCUGAUACAAGCUACUCCCCUACUCCGACGCCCAGUCCCCCGCAGGUACAAUACAACCUCGUCCUCCGCAAAUACGUCAACUUCAACCCUUCCCUUGAGUUCCGAUGCUUUGUUCGCAACAAAGUUCUGUUAUGUAUCUGCCAGCGCGACCAGAACCAUUUCGACUUCCUCUUUCCGAUGCGCGACUCUCUCCGCUCCCGCAUCCAGGACUUUUUCGAUGAUAAACUCAAGGAUACUUUUCCGGAGUCGAGUUUCGUGUUUGACGUCUACAUUCCACCGCCUCAUCAGCGUAUCUGGUUGAUCGACAUUAACCCUUGGGCUGAGCGUACAGAUUCUCUCCUGUUUAGUUGGCUCGAGAUCCUGCGAAUGAAAGACCCCAUCGGAAUUCAUGAGGAGAACGACAGUAGCGCGGAAGAGCAAUUCGUUCGACUCUCACUCAAUGGACAUACCGGGAAUGGUCACUCGCCAGAUGGGCCUGCGGAUCAAGCAUCUGAGUCAGAAGAUGAAGACGAUAAGGAGGACAUUGACGACGCACCCUUACUACCGGAACUCCGACUCGUGAAGCGUGACGACCCGGAAGCAUAUGCGUUUACUACACCCCAGUACUCGGCGCACAAGCUGCCGAAGGAGGUUGUUGACGCGUCCAUAUCCGGACCAGGCGGGAUGAGUGAGUUUCUCGGGCAGUGGCAGGACAUUCUGGCACGACAGGCGCAGGAAUCAGAUACGGAAAGUGACCAAUGA